CAGCAGCAGCAGCAGCAGGUCGGUCCACUCCCACUUCCAACUUCCAAGAAGCAGCCUAGGUAGCUUAGUUUAAUCAGGAGGAAGCCAGAAGCAGGUGACCGGCCGGCUGCAACCUGCAAGAAUGGGAGGGAGCAUGUCGUGCUUCGGCGGCAGCGGCCGGGACUACGACGAGGCGUACGAGCAGCCGCGGCGGUCGUCGAGGAAGGUGCGGCCGAGCGACGAGGACGGGCUGUGGUACGUCGGGGAGCGGGACGUCGACAGGAAGGCCACGGAGUUCAUCGCCAGGUUCCACGCCUCCGCCAGCUACGUCGAGGCUACCUAGGAUCGGUUGAUCUUCUGCUGCUUCCGCCGGUGAUAUAUCUCCGGCCACGUACCUCGGCCGCCCCGAGGUGGCUGGCCAGUCCGCUGGGUUAAUAGGCCAUUGAUUUGUUAUCCUGCUGCUCUCUUUCUCUAGUUCUAUUAGUCUUGGUUAUUAUAUUAUCUACAUUAAUCUUUGUGAUUAAGGGUGUGUAAUUUAAAUAUGUAUGCAUUCCGUAAAUAAGAGCAAUGCUGGAGGCA